CGAAAUGUCACAUUUUAUUAUGAGUGACUUGUUACGUGCAAUGAAUCGAAAUUGUUAAAUCCUUUUAUAAUGGAAGACGAGGAAAGCAAAAUCGAUGAAUAUCUAAAUUUAAUUACAACUAAUAUAAACAACAAAAUUUACAAUGAAACAUUUGUAAAACAAAUGUGGUCUUUCAUAAACCUUCUUAUAAACGAGUUAAGAAUGUCUCGAGCGACAAUUAAUGAACAAAAGGCCAGUUUAAAUAUACUGGUAAAAAGCGAAGGAUUCUCUAUGAAUACUCGUUAUGUCGAACUUAAAAAUUUAUAUGAUAAGCUUCUGGAGGAUCACAAAGCCUUAACCAAGAGCGCAGAGACCAAUGAAUUGAAAUACGAGAGUACCUUGUCAGAACAAAAAAAAAGUUUGGAGGCAAAAAUUAUGUCUUUGAAAAAUGAACUGGAAGUCGUCAAGAUCCAUUACUCCAAUCAAAUAGAAUUGCUGGAGGCAAAGCACGCUCUCAUCAUGGAUGAAUUCACUGUAAGUCAGAAAAGGCAAAUAAUUGAUAUAAAAAACAAGCUGCAACAUGUCGAAAAUGUUAAGCGUGAUCUACAAAUUGAAAAUAGGCAGCUAAAGGACAAACUCCUGAAUUUCAAGGAACCAAAGGAUCCCCCAGCCUUUAACUUUGAUGAAAGCUCAAAUGAAAUGGCUCAACCUGCAUUGGUACAAAACCAAUUAUUGCUGAAUGAUUAUGGCAGACACAAAUUGAUGGCAAAACCUGCAACUGCGACUAACCAAUCCAGUGUACACAAUUUUGGAGACAUCUCGAAUGCAAAUCUAAAUUCUGCAGAUCCUAGAGUGCAUAAUUUUAAAGAAGUAGUGGUAAAUCCGGCAAUCGAGCCUAAACAGUCAACGGUAGAUAAUUUUAGAAAGCCUAUUGAAGUAGGGAAUUCUGCUUUCAUGCCACAACAAUUUGCGUUGAAUAAUGAUUUAAAGAACCCAAAACCAAUUAUUAAACCUACAAUCGAAACAAGAAAAUCCAUGACGAAUGUGGAUGUUAACUCAAACAUGACUGCAAAUCACGAAACAAAAGAUUAUGAGGGCUCAAAUCUUGAUGCAAAUUUCGAUUUCGAUUUACUUGAAUUUGACGAUCAGGAUGAUUUUGCAUUACUAAACAAAUUUAAGGACAUGGAGGUAAGAAAUAAUAAACCUAUCUUGCAGUUGUCUGAUACGUUUAAAACCACAAGUAAUGCGGAACCUGUUGUGACCAACGACGGUCAAAACAAUACUGUUAAAUCGAAAACGAACAAACCUACGAUGUUUAAGAGUUAUGGGAAACGAUAUAGGAAUGUUCGACCUUCUAAGCCUACUUUGGAAUCGUCGGUUGUCCAGGAUAUUGUAUAUAAUCCACAACUUAUUCAGAAUAACAUGGUUCAAUCUAAAAAGAAAGAACCUUCGAAGCCUACUUCGUAUCCCUUGAAUUCUGCAAAUAAUGCACAACUUAUUCAGAGCAACAAUUUUCAGAAUAAGAAGAUGCAGUCCAAAAAUAAUGGUAAGAAACGGUCUUUGAAUGUUCCACCGUUAAAAGCUGUAUCAUCAGCAGGGGUAGGCACCAAAAGCAAGAAGAAGAAAUUAUUUGAUCCUGAUAAUUUAGAUUAUUUGGAUGAUUUGGAACGAAGCGAUUAAGAUUGUUUAAAACUAUAAUUUGUAUUGUAUAAUUUAUCUUGUACUUUUUAUAGUAUAGGUAUUAUUGUAUCUAUUGUCUACAUAUUUUUUCUUAAGCAUAAAUAUGCUUAAAUGUUAUUAUAAUAAAACCACUU